AUGCAAGUUCAGAUUUUUUAUCAAGGGUUGAAUGCUCCAACACGAACAAUAGUUGAUGCUGCUGCAGGGGGUGCUCUAUUAGCCAAGACAGCUGAUGAAGCCUUCACUCUGAUGGAGGAAAUGGCCACCAACAGUUAUCAGUGGCCUAAUGAAAGGUCAGGCCCAAGGAAAGUUGCUGGGUUGUAUGAAGUUGAUCAGAUGACAGCCCUGAAUGCCCAAAUUGAUGCUCUACAAACCCAAAUGAUUGCUCUAUCAGCGCAAAAUAAUCCAACAGUUAUGGAGAGUGUAGCAGCGGCUGCUGCAAUGCAGGGGCAAGAAAUGAGUCCAGAACAAGCCCAGUUUAUGGCAAACCGCUCCUUCCCCAAUAAUUACAGAAGCAACAACAUGCCUAAUUAUUAUCAUCCAGGAUUGCGCAACCAUGAAAAUUUCUCUUAUGCCAAUAAUAAGAAUGUGCUGCAACCACCUCUGGGAUUGAAUUCUCAACCGCAACAAGAGAAAAAGCAGUCGUUGGAAGACAUUUUGGGCACUUUUAUUAUGGAGUCUAACAAGAGGUUUGGAAAAAAUGAAGCAAGACUCGACAAUAUAGAAACCCAUAUGACUAACAUGGGUGCUUCAAUGAAGAAGAUUGAGACUCAAGUGGGCCAAUUAGCUAAUGCGGUGAAUUCUAAUCAGAAGGGAAGUUUUCCUAGUGACACUGUGGUAAAUCCAAAGGAAUCAUGCCGAGCAGUUUCUUUGAGAAGUGGUAAGAUGAUUGAUGAGGGUAAUGUUCAAGCUAGUUCAAAGGAGAAAGUUGAGCCAGUGGUACGUGAGGUAAACAAAAAAGAGAAAGCCAAGAAGCAAAGUGGAAGUGACAAGAAUGGCAUGGAGAAAGAUAGCCUUCCAAUGUAUCAACCUCCCAUUCCAUACCCUCAAAGAUUUCAGAAGAAGAAAUUAGAUGAACAAAGAUUAGAAGACUUUGAAACUGUGAAGUUAACAGAAGAAUGCAGCGCCAUCUUACAGAAGAAGUUGCCUCAAAAGGUGAAAGAUCCGGGUAGCUUUACUAUACCAUGCACUAUUGGAGGGUCGUCCUUUGAUAAGGCUUUGUGUGAUCUUGGAGCGAGUAUAAAUCUGAUGCCACUUUCAGUUUUCAAGAAAUUGGGGGUAGGAGAGGUGAAGCCCACAACCAUUACUCUUCAAUUGGCAGAUCGGUCACUUACUUAUCCUAGGGGAGUGAUUGAAGACGUGUUGGUUAAGGUGGACAAAUUUAUUUUUCCUGCUGAUUUCGUGGUUUUGGAUAUGGAGGAGGACCAUGAAAUCCCCAUUAUUCUUGGUCGUCCAUUCUUGGCUACUGGAAGAGCUCUUAUUGAUGUACAAGGAGGUCAUUUGACACUGAGGGUUAACAAUGAAGAGGUUAAAUUCAACAUAUAUCAAGCACUCCAGCAGCAUGACAACACGAGCACAUGUCACCGUGUGGAUUCUAUUGAGGUAGUAGUAGAAGAGACGAUGAGAAAAGAAUUAUGUGCUGAUCCUUUACAACAUUGCCUUAAUUCUAGUAUUACUCAGGCUGAUUUGAAAAAGGUGAAUGGUGAGUUUGUGGGUGACGAAGUGGCUGAAUGUGUGAUGGCUCUCAGUGUUAUUCCUUGUGCUAGUAGUAUUAAAAUGGAAGAAACUCUUUGUCAAGCCAAGGAAGGAGAAGUGGAGAAGGAAGUGGUGGAAAAGCAAGAUUUAAAACAACUCCCAGAGCAUUUGCGUUAUGAGUAUCUAUGA